CCCCACUCCCGCAGCCUCUCUCGCUACUCAGCUCCGCCAUGUCCUCCGAGCCGGCUCCGGCCGCCGCCCCCGAGCAGGCCCCCGGCCCCGAGCCCCCGGCGGGUGGCGGGGAAACGGCCGAGCACCGGGCGCUGGUGCUGACGGGCUUCGGGGGCUAUGACAAGCUGAAGGUGCAGGCGCGGCGUGCCGGCGGCCCGCGGCCCGGAGAGGUCUCGGUGCGUGUCCGCGCUUGCGGCCUCAACUUCGCCGACCUGAUGGCGCGGCAGGGACUGUACGACCGGCUGCCGCCGCCGCCCGUCUGCCCCGGCAUGGAGUGCGCCGGCACCGUCCAAGCCCUCGGCGACGGCGUUCGAGACCGACAGGUUGGCGAUAAGGUAAUGGUCCUGGCUAGGUCUGGACUCUGGCAAGAAGUGGUGAAUGUGCCAGUCAGUCAGACCUUCCUGAUGCCUGAGGGGAUGAGCUUUGAAGAAGCAGCUGCACUUCUUGUCAACUACAUCACUGCCUACAUGAUCCUGUUUGAUUUUGGAAACCUGAGACCCAACCAGAGUGUCCUCAUCCACAUGGCUGCAGGUGGUGUGGGGACUGCUGCUAUUCAGCUGUGCAAGACUGUAGAAAAUGUCACCAUUUUUGGCACAGCAUCUGCUUCCAAGCAUGAUUCACUCAAGGAGGGUGGAGUCACUCACCCCAUCGACUACAGAACCAUGGAUUACGCAGAGGAGGUCCGGAAAAUCUCUCCCAAAGGUGUCGACAUUGUCCUGGACCCCCUGGGAGGAUCUGAUACGACCAAAGCAUUUAACCUGUUGAAGCCUAUGGGCAAGCUUAUCACUUACGGGGUGGCAAACCUGCUCACUGGGCAGAAGAAGAACCUCAUGGCUAUGGCUAAAACCUGGUGGAACCAGUUCAGCAUCAAUGCCUUGCAGCUCCUCCACCAAAACAAGGCCGUGUGUGGCUACCACCUCGGAUAUAUGGAUGAAGAAUUUGAGCUUGUUGGAGGUGUAGUAUCCAAGCUGGUUAACCUCUACAGUCAAGGCAAAAUCAAGCCCAAAAUAGACUCUGUAUGGCCCUUUGAUCAGGUGGCAGAUGCCAUGAGGCAGAUGCAAGAGAAGAAGAAUGUUGGAAAGGUCAUCCUGGUUCCUGAAGCACCCAAGGAAGAAUCAAAAAAAGAAGAGAACUAAUAAGAGAUGUGUGCAGGUUGAAUUCAUGGUUUAACUUCCUGAUCUCUUUGGAACCUGGAAAUGGACAGAUCAGUAGCUUCUGUCUUCAUCAGUACAAGAACAUCGUGGCUAGAGUUCAGAUGAGGUUUGCAUGCUCUCAUUGUGGCUGACCCUUUGCCAGAGAUGCUUUCUGCCCUAGUUCUUUGUUUUGAAGCCUUUUGCUUUUGUACAUUUUUCUCUUCACUUGUUUCUCUGCUGAGUUUCCAAACUAACCUCACUUUAUUCUGGCAGCUGAAGCUUCCAGGGUUCACCUGGUGAUUGAUGGCUGCAUGGCUGGUCACUGGUAAGUCAGGAUGUAACAUUGCUGUAGCAAGUGCCAAGUAUCUCCUCAGAAACUGAGCCCUGCUGAAGUGUUUGUGCUGUCACCUUUGAGAAGCUUGUUCAGCAGAAUGGGCCAAACUUAGGAUGUUUCCUCAGCAGCCAGAGGAGAAGCACAGCUGGCCUUGUCUAGCUCUGGCUUAGGCUACUCUUCUGUUUAGCCACACUCUUUCCCCUCUGCUUUUGUAGGCUCUAACACCAGUCAGGUCAUGCUGUCUUUUGCCUUGUAGAUAACCACCCUGGCAUUCUGAGCCUGGCAUGUUGCACUUCAUUUGCAGUCACUUCUCUGCAGCCACCAAAUCACCUGCUGGGCUGGGUGUGAAUACAGAAGAAAAGUUUCAGUUAGGUAACUUGAUCUUGUCCAUUUUCUGAUUCCAAUCUGUUGGGAGAUCUAAACUGUGUGUUUUUUAGAGACCAUAAGGACUCAGCUGUGUCUCAGAUGACUGGAACGAUUGAUGUUGGCUCUGUGCUUUGUUAGUGUUGGGCUCCAAGCUGGUAUUGUUAAGGCUAAACUUCACCCUCAUGUUUGUAUUUCCAAGGGCUGCAGUGCUGACUGGGAAUUCAGCAAGAUGGGAACAAAAUAAGCCCCUGCUAAUGCUUGCGUUGUGCUGUGCCCUGUGUGCUAGGGAGGUGUUGCAGUUCAGGAGGUAACUUGCAGGAGCCAGCUAUGAACAUCUGCUGCCCAGGAGCCUGGGCUGGCCCUUUCUGUGGCACACAGUUCCAUAAAGCUAUUGCCAUGUUACUGCUGUAGAUGGGAACCUGCCUCUGUCAUGCCUCUUGAACAAUUUAAAUCCUGCUUUCCAUUCUCUUUCAGCUAGCUCCUUAGAUACCCACUCAAACCAGCUCUUGCUCUGUGGCUCAGUGCUGCAGUAGGGUUUGACUCUUCUUGCCCUGAAACUGCAAAUCUUGGGACCCUUGGGCUCUCUUCCAGCACUGAGCAUUCAUGAGCUGCCUGGGGUGCUCCUCCCAAACCAGAACUCAGUUUCUCUUCCUCUUUUCCUUCUUCCAUGCAUCUAGAAAUGCAGCAGUGCAGAGACCCAAGACUAGUUCUGCGAGCACUUAAUGGUUCCCCUGCUGGGCCCUGUUUUCAGCCCCAAGUGACUGUGGUGCUGUUUGUGCUUGCUUUGAGGCUUCCUCACAGAUUGUAGGUACAGCAGGCUACAGGCUGCAUUUUGGACUGAAAAGGUGAACCUGAGGGUGCCAAGAAGUGCUGCCCAUCCUGGAAGAGCUCAGGAGCAGAAUCUUGCUAUGAGGAGUCCUGCUGAACCAAACCUGCCUCUGGAGAGCAUCCCAGCACAGGGCUGGGGGUUCCCAUGCAGGACUGGAGUGUGGCUGCUUCUUUAGCCAGCUCCUCUCUGUGCAGCCUGUGGGUGCUUGGGCUCAGCCCCUAGUUCUUCAGAGGUGCCCUGGCUAGCUAAGUGUUAUAACAACCCCAUUCCCUCUGACCUCCGAGGAGGGCUGAAACCCUGUUACAGAUCCUCGUCAGCCCAUCUCUUCCACUUGAUACAUGAACUUCAUGAACAUGGUCAGAUGAAACUCAGAAGCACAACUUUCAGACUUUCUGAAUUCAAACUCUUGCUGCUUCCCCUUUCAGCCUGCCCUGUCGUGCUAAUUUAGAUCAAAUCCAGGUGUCUGAUGCUGCUUUACCAGGUCUGACAACAGGAGGACUAAAUUGUUCAAACGGGAAGUCUGGACCUGUUUUUCCAAGAAACUGGACUUCACCUUGGUGAAAGAGCAGCGUGUUCAAAUGGCACAUGGCCCUGCACAUCUCCAGGCUCUGCAGACUUGCAGAGGGCAAAGCUGCCCAGUUGUGCUUCACACUGGCAUCCUGCCCUUGCUUUGCCAGUGCCUUCCUUGGGUGGCCUUGGAGCAGGCAGCGCAGCGAGGCUCUCGCGCUCUGCCUCCCGAUGCCAUGGGGAGGAUGGAAGUCUUGCAGCUUCCCAUGGGACACCUCUGACAUGCUGCCUUGUGGUAUGCCACAAACCCACUAUCUCAGUGCCUUCUUCUACAUGCCUGUAAGGACUAGGAAGUCACUGGAGCCUUUUCCAUUCUGGCCUUUCAAAGUGUUGCCAAAAACCCAUUAGGACUCCUGCUCGCUCUGCUGUCAGCAGCAGUUCUGUACUCUGACUGUAAGGGAGACCUUCCCUUUCCACGCCCUGCAGCCUGUCCAGAGGAGCUGUUGUAGAGCCCUUGUCUCCCCCAGGGCAGCUAUUUGGCUCCAGCCAGUCCUCAAGUGAGGCUUUAUCUGCUGUCCCAGCCUUGGCUCUCUGGAAACAAUCUCAGCUCCUGACUGCAGCUGCUCUUGUGUCUUCUACCUACAAACUCCUUGAAGCCCUUAUCAGGGCAGGAGCAGUUCCUCUCUGUUCGAGUUUAGCACUGACUGUUUUAUGUCCCUUGGUAGCAACAUUGUUUGGGUUUUUCAGUGUUUUUUAGUUUGGGAUUUUUUUAAGGACAAACAUUUUAGGGGCCAAUAAGUAUAAAACCUCUGUAAAACAAGAAGUGUCUUAAUAAAGUUAACCAGCAGGUUUGUAUACUAAGGACCAAAGCAAAAACCAAACAAAACCCAUGGGAUAAAACCAUGUUGCUGAUGCUGUUUAGAGCUAAGCUGUGCUGGAGAGGAGAUUCCUGUGCUUGGUGCAUGUGCCAUUCCUGCUGUCAGAAGUGCAAUUCAAUGUUUAGUUUACUGUUUGACCCAAAGGUUGUGCCAUGAGGAGUCCGAGUGGGAAGUGUGAGUGGAGUCCAUGAGCGGAGCAGAGGUGUGCACUGCCCUGUGCAAGUGCUGUUCCUGUGUUACUGCAUUGCCCGCCCAGACUGGCACUGCUGGGCAGGGGCAAAAUGCAGCUCCUUUGCUAUCACCAGGCAGCUUUUGUCACAUCUAGCUGGGAUUUCUCUCACUUGUGUUGCAUGUUGGUUGCAGGAGGGGAAGGGCUCAGGAGCAGCCUUAGCUUGUGCGGAGAAGCCUUGACCCUGCUGAGUGCUUUGAGAUGAGGGAGUUCAGCUGCUUCCCAGUAUUGAACUAAGUGACCAAGGAGAAAAGUAAGAGACAUUUUGGGCCACAGGCUCUAAUGGGUGCAGGAUCCUGGCCCAGGAACAGCUGCUGUCACAGGGGUAAAACCACUCUUACUGCCGAGUAGCAUCCCUAGUGUGCAAAGCCCUGGUGAUGGCAAAGCUUGACUGGCAAGCAGUGCAUGAGCAAGCAGUGCCUCAGCCUCUGAGCCUCUUACAACACAUGGGCUGGUCUGUGCUGUCUGUGUUGGUUUGCAGAUGUGUGGUGCUCAUCCUACAGCUGUGGAGUCUUUGUUCAAAAAUGUUCUGCUUUGUGCCUGUAACAGAGUUGGACAGAAGCAAGUGUGCCAGUGCUGUGUAACCUCCUGCCCUACCUUACCACAUGCCUUAUGUGUUCCAAACAUUCAUUAAAAGUGUAACAAAACCCUCA